AUGGCGACCGUCACUUCAGGGGCUCAAUGGCACCCGCCUCUUGUACAGCCCAUCAUCUUCUGCGGGCCAGGCAGCAACCUCUAUCCGCUCUCCACCUCAACUGUAGCAGCAGACGCUUCCCAAGAUGUGCAACAAUCUGGCAAGCUCGAUCUACCAAAGGCCAUGCUUCCUGUACUCAACAGGCCCAUGAUCGCUUUCGCCUUGCAGCAGCUUCUGUCUGCUGGCCUUCGUCAUGCUGUCGUCUUUGCGCCAUCCGAGCAUCACUCCACCCUCACGGCCGCCCUCAAAUCCCUGAUCCUCAUCCCGCCAACCCUCAUUCAGUCGGGAAAGAAGAAUGUCUCAUCUGCAGCUGCCGCAGCCGCUGCUGCCGCUGUCGAGGAAGCGUCUAAGUAUCCGAACGUCUCGGUCUCGGUCGGGCUCAACAGCACUUCCGCAUCCUCCGCAACACCAGCUGCUGGCAAUCCUUACCUCGCCGGAAGCUCGUUCGCUGUCUCUUCCCUGCAAAAUGAGACUGUCAUGCGAGUCGACCUACUGCCUCUUGGACCCGACGACAUCACAAGCUCCAAGUCAGACUCGUCCGCCCCAACUCCCGCGAGCAAAUACAAGCGACUCGGCACCGCAGGCCUCAUCUCUUGGCUCCACUCAGUCGGACGACUCGACAAGGAUCCUCUCAUUCUUCCUGUCGACUUGAUCACGCAGUCGUUCUCUCUCACCGACAUCAUCAGCAGCCACGUCUCCGGUGUGCCGAAUUCACCUGCACUGACUUGCUUGAUGUAUGAAAGAGGCGCCGGCGAGGGUACGGGCAAAGAACGUGAAAAGGAUGGUCCGCCCAAGCUCUUUAGCGCUUACGACCGUGAUCCUUUGCAAGCGAGCAGUUCCUCGUCUCAUGGCACCGAUCACUGCACGGCGCAUCAAUUGCUGCUUCUCCAGGACUCGGAUGACAUCUCGGACAUCGACUCGUCUGACAUGCAUCUCCGCAUGUCGCUCUUGUGGUCGCAUCCUCACGUGCGUAUAUCCACCUCUCUCCUCGACUCGCACGUCUAUCUCUUCAAUCUUCGGCAGCUUCUCGGCCUGCUCAAAUCCGAGGCCGGCCAAAAGAUGAAGAGCCUUCGAGAGGAAGUCGUCCCCUUCAUGGUCAAAUGCGGCUGGAUGACUGGCCUUCGCGAAAAGGCGGGUUGGUCCAGCCAAUCCUCGAAAGACCUGUCCAUCCCGGAACAAUUCUCGUCGUGGAACAUUCACUCGGGCAAGGAGAACGCCACCAGUCCAUUGAGAUCAAGCACUUUUGUCGAUGCCGAGCUCCUUCAGGCCGGUUCCACUUUCCGAUCUGCCCUUGACGAAGUCAACAAUCGUGCUUCGCCGCUCUUCUCUCCUGAACGAUCCCAGCUCAUCUCACCCUCUGGCAAGCUGGACGACGGGACGACAGACGUGCGAAAGCAGGAUCGCACAGCAGCAAAGAAAGCUGCUGCCGAAGCCAGAGUCAAUGCCCUCAUCUACCGCCUUUCAGCAGACCGCAAGCAUCCCAUCGACCCCUCGUCCUCCGUUGAAGAGAUCAGGGAACGAGAGGAAGAUGCAAAACGCGAGCCUUUCAUCGCACGAGCCAACACCGUUCCAACUUAUCUGGAGUGCAAUCGCUAUCUGCUGCGAUGUCUAGCUAGCGGGCCAGCAGGGCAUGCAAGCGCUUCGGCAGCAGGUGCUGUAGGUGCCGCUUCUCUCGUACCCUCCGCGCUCUCGCACCCACUACCGAGUCAGUCUCUGCCGGCUCCCACUACCUCCUCGACCGACUCGACCUCCGGUCAAGCUUCACAAGAUGCGACUAAGGGUUCUGCCCCUGCUCAAUGGAUCGACUCCAAGGCACAGAUCUCUUCGGAUUCCUUGGUGGAGAGCUUUACGCGCGUCGGCGAGCGCACCGCCAUCAAACGAAGUGUUAUCGGACGCGGGUGUGUCAUCGGUAAGAACGUCAAGCUCACCGGCGCUAUCGUCAUGGACGGUGUCAGGAUCGGCGACAAUGCCAAGCUUGAAAAUUGCAUCCUUGCGGCGGGGUCGACUGUCGACGAGAAGUGCAACCUCAAGGACUGCGAUGUCGCCGCAUCCGUCAAGGUGCCCUCUGGCACCAACUCCAAGGGCGAAAAGUUUGACGAAUGA